AUGGCUCUACUCCUUAACUGGGGGCCUUUUGAAGAGCGAAAGUCCGUGAUGAUGCCAACUUCCAGCCUCUGCGGACUGGCCACACCUCCGCGACGUAAGCCUAAAACGCCGACUUCAGUGGACCUUUGUUUACCGCCCAGCCCCGGCACCACUGAACAACGCGGCGUACCGAUGCGUUCCGGUCGUCCAGUCUCUUGUUGUGACGUCCAUCAAUUGCCCAGUCCAUCCGGCUCGCCUUCAGUUGCCACCGCAACUGGUGGCAUCGUGUCGAGUCAGUCGUCGGGCAAACGACCAACCGGCUCGAGGCCAGGGCGAUUGCCCUUUCGUGUGGGGGUACGCAAGAAACCGACUCAAGCCUACACCACAACCAACACAGCUUCACAAUCGACCCCUCCUGAGCCGGUUCAUCAGCCGCGGUCGGCAUCCCCAAUGGCCGACGCGAAUACGCACAACUGGCGAAGACGAUCCUCCGAUCAGACGACCCUCACCCGCAUUCUCCAGGCUCUGACUCCGUGCAGAUCCUCCAAAUCCUCGGCCAGACGGAGCCAGUCUGUCAGCGAUCUGGCCAACCUGUCCUCUGCCUCCACGUCAUCCGCCUCCUCCUCUUUGGAGUUGAAGACAUGGGGCUCUGUUGAGCUUUGCAGUACAUGUUCCAGUCAAGUAAGCCUUCCAAAUUGA